UGUGUGCAUGUGUGACCCGACCACAGACUGUCCACAAACAACACUGACAACAUCGCCUGUUCGGUUUUCGAAGAAACCUGUGAUGAAUUCUGGAGACGUUUGAGGUUUGACUGAAAAUGUGAGGUAUUUAAUAUAGCAUCCUUUAACAACUUUGACACAAUGUGAAAGGUCCUUUGUGUGCAUGUGUGUGUGUUGUUGUGUGAAAACUUUCUACACUAAACAGAGUCAAGAAAGGUGGAGACUAAAAGGAUAAAAGUCAGUCUCACAGCAGUGCAGAUGUUCAUCUCCUCACCAGCCUGAACCUGGUUUGUUCACAGAGAGUGUGAAAAGAUGCUGCUUUUCCUGCUCCUGGUGUUCCUGCCCGCCGUUCCCAUAGAAACAGAGGUGGUGGAGACUUUGACCGACUGUCCCGGUUACUUUGUUGAAGAGACACCACCAGAGAUCCCAGACAUCUUAGUGGGGGGAAACAUCCUGAACCGGACCCGUUACAAAGUCAUCUGCCAAACCUUAGAAGACACGAGAAGAUUUCUGACGCUGUACGACACAAAAAACAAGAUUCCAGUUUUUUCUGCGUAUCGCUUCAUAGGAGCGCAACCAGGAAGACCAAAAGAAGACUGGAAAAUAGAACCUCAGCUCGAAGACACAAAUGAUGACAUAAACAUGAGACUGCUUGAAGAUUACACAACAAUCCUGGACAACCAGGCAGUAGACAGUGAUUAUAGAAAUAAUCAGAGCUACGACAGAGGUCAUUUAUAUCCAAGCUCUCAUGCGCCAAACGAAAGUGCUAAACUCUCAACGUUCACUCUGACAAAUGCUGUGCCUCAGUCAAGAACAUUCAAUAGUGGUAACUGGUCUCAAAUGGAGCGAUGCACCAAAUGUUUAAUGGAACACUACUGCAUCAGGAAUAGGACUGUGAUUGAAGCCUUUGUGGUGACUGGAGCAGAACAAAGUGAUGAGAAACUCAACGACAAGAUGAACAUCCCAUCCAGGAUGUGGUCGGCUUUCUGCUGUAACAGGACAGAUGGUGUUUGGAUGUCUAAAGCAUACUGGGGACACAAUGUGCCUAAUGGUAAUGUGACAGAAAGUUCUCAUGAAGAGAUGACGACUAAUUUUGGUAUACAGAUUUUUCCUCCACUGUGUUCUGUUAGACAAAAAUCACAAGACAAAACAACUCUUUGUAAAAAGAAAUGUAAAUUCUUAACCCCCUCUGUCCCUCCCGCCGACAAAGAUGAAACCUCAGAAAAAACAACUUUUCCCCCAAACACAACACCAACAACCACCACUCCACCGACAACCACAAAGAUGACUCAACCGACCACGUCCAUCACCUCUAGAUCUGUUAUCAAGAAAAAGCAGGAAGACUGUGAAGAGACUGAAGAUAGAAACAAGAAGGAGAUAGAGGAGGAGGAGAACAACAUGGAGGGGGAGGAGUCUAUUAUGAAGAGGGUCUUCAUAAUUUAGAAUUCAGGGUUGUAACUCAUGUUUUGGCAUUGUUUUAGUCUUUGUUCCAACAGCCUGUCACUUCAAUGGGUCAAAGCUUUCAUCGUCAUUAUACAGUAUUAGCUCAUUGCUUUGCUUUUAUCUACAUUUUAUGUUAAGAAUCUGUAACAUUAGAACUUGUUGAAUCAUAGAAAACAGUAAAACUCAUUAAGACUAU